AUGGAGGCGCGCAAUGUGGGCCCGGAUUCGGAUAUAGCUCAAGACCAGGCUACGGAGGAAGAGGCUACGGAGGAAGAGGCUACGGAGGAAGAGGCUACGGGGGAGGAGGGUUCGGGGGAGGAGGGUACGGGGGAGGAUGCUACGGGGGAGGAGCUGGAUUUGGCGGCCGGCUUGGGUAUGGUGGCAUGCGAGGUCGGUGUUGAGUAG